AUGCUUUCAUUGCGAAUUCUAUCUUCAGCACUGCUGCUGGCAGGAUCAGCAUUCGCAGGUCUGGACAAUGAGACCAGUCCCACACAUGUCUUCAGAUCGAGGCCAGACUUGCAUGCACCCAUGCUUGAGAUGACCCUUUUAAGGCCGGAGCUGGUCGCGCCAGGAUACAUAAUGCUCGCACCAUACCGAAACGUGGAUCCGGGACCGUAUAUUUACGACAACUGGGGACAACUAGUCUGGUCCGGCGCUGGUUCGAGCGGACCCAAGACUGCCCACGCACCGCAUACCUGCGACUACAAGGGAGAAGAACAUCUUUGCUACUUCCAAGGAGAACAACACCAAGGCUUCGCUCGAGGUCAUGGAGUCAUCAUGGACAAACACUAUCGCAUCGUCAAGACAGUCGAAAGCUCUGGAGCAGGCGCAUCGAGCGACAUGCACGAAUUCAGAUUGACACCAUACUCGAAUGGUACCACCGCUCUCAUGACUGUCUACCAACCGAGACAAUACGACUUGACGACCAACCCGAAGUUUCAAAUCCAGAAUGGCAUGGGUUGGAUCGUUGAGGGUGUCUUCCAAGAGAUUGAGAUCGAUACUGGCAGAGUGGUGUUUGAGUGGAGAAGUACGGAUCAUCUCGAUCCCAGCUUGACCUACACAUUUCCUGGAAGAACAGACACGUCAGGAAAUGGUCUGACCGAAAAGACUCCUUGGGAUUAUUUCCACAUCAACUCUAUCGACAAGAAUCAGGACGGCGACUACCUGAUCUCGGCCAGACACAUGGCUGCAAUUUACAAACUGUCCGGUGUAGACGGAUCAAUCAUGUGGGAGAUGGGUGGUGCAAACCCAACUUUCCACCAGACCAAUUUCAACUUCUCUUCUCAGCAUCACGCUCGCUGGGUCAGUGAGAAUGAGACCCACACAAUCUUGACCUUCUACGACAACGCCAGCAAUGGCUUCAACAGAACAGACAAAUUUUCUCACGGUUAUGUCGUAUCAAUCGACCACAUUGCAAACACUGCAACUAUGAUCAAGGAAUAUGGCGCUCCUGAAUCCUCUGGUGGCAUGCUUUCCGGAUCUCAGGGUAACAUGCAGAUCCUUCCCAAUGGCAACGUCCAUCUUGGUUGGGGCGAGCACCCUUACUUCAGCGAGCACACAGCAGAUGGAUCGGCUGUCAUGUACGCAAAGGUCGCAUAUCGCGCAAGUAACGUCAUGAUUUACCGCUCGCACAAGUUUCCCUGGGUCGGUCAGCCAUUGACCAAGCCUGCUCUCUGGACAUAUUCCAAGACUAACGAUGAGAAAUCUGGCAUGGUCUUUUAUGUAUCCUGGAAUGGUGCGACCGAAAUCGCAUCUUGGAACUUCUAUGCCAGUGCGAACAGAAGCGGACCUUUCAACUUGGUUGGAAACACCAAGAAGACUGGAUUCGAGACGACCAUGCGCUACAAUAAUGUUACGACUUGGGGCUUCGCCGAGGCUCUGGACAAGGACGGAAAUGCUCUCGAGCGCAGUGUCAUCCAGAAGACCUUUGUACCAAGCGUCACACUUCGCGAUUUCUGUGAUGAGUGGGCUUGCGGAAAGGCCGAGCCAAUUCGUGAUGAGGACGCUCACUACGAUCCCUACAGCCAAGUCAAGGCUGAGUACCUGAGCAACAACCGCGGUUUCAACACAAGCGCAUACUAUGCCGAGCUGCCUGAGACUGCCGCAGAGCAUGAAGCUGCAGAGACAGAGAUCAAGGCACAACACCAGCGAGCUGUCAAGGCUAGAAUGUUGGUCGGUGUUCUUGGUGUCACCGCUGGUAUCGGAUUCGCAAUUUUCGUCCUAAUCCUUGCCCGCAAGCAAAUAUCAGGCGCCAUGCCCAUCUCUUUCGUCAGGAGAGUCUCUGAUGUCAGAGAUGCCAUCAGCGCAAAGCUUCUGGGCAAAAAGUACAUUCAGGUCGAUGAAGAAGAGAAGUUCUCUGAUCGAUCAUAA